AUGUCGCGAAGAGUUGUGAUCACUGGCCUUGGAACAGUUAGUCCGCUGGGAGUUGGAGUGAAGUAUUGUUGGGAAGCAUUGCUUUCCGGAGUGAGUGGUACUACGAACCUCAAGGGCAGCGAGUAUGAAAAAGUGCCGUCCAAAGUGGCAGCAUUGGUUCCGACAGGAACAGAAUCUCAUCAGUUCGACGUCUCCAAGUUUUCCUCCGCGGAAUGGAGACAGAUGACGAAGAGCAUCGCUUACGGACUGGUAGCUUCAAAAGAGGCGAUGGACGAUUCGCAAUGGUAUCCAAAUACGGAUGAGGAUCGUGCGGCUACUGGAGUUACCAUUGGCGUAGGAAUGAUUGACCUGGAGGACGUCUAUACCACUGGUAGGUACACUAUUAUGUUUUCUUAUUUUUACAUGUAG